AGAAAUUUUAUCUCCUUUUAUAAACUAAUAAUUUUCAAAUUUGCAUUUCAUCAAACAAUUCGCGCCGAACUAGUGCUCUCAAAAUCGACUGAAAAAGGAAUUGUAGUAGAAGAAACAAAUGGUUCUCGUCUGUUUCUUGCUGGAUCUAUGUAGCCUCUCGUCUCCAUUGCUCAGAGACCUAAAGCAGUCACUGUUACAGCUGGCUAAUCUCUACACUGUUUCGUGGAAUUGGAGGAAUAAAUCGGAUUCACUCGGAGAUCGAAUUGGUUUGUGCUACGUCAUCAAAAAUCGCAUUUCUUCUUCGGACGAGCUAAAGGUGGCGUAUAGUCCAAGAGUAGACUUCAGUCUUCGUGAUUUCCACCACGCUGUGAAUAGUUUGCCAACCGAUUCGUUUUUCCCUGAGAUCAACGAUUCUGGAUCUCUCUCUUGCCACGCUAUGAAACUUGCAAGUGUCUUGAGUGAUCAAGUUUUGUAUUCGUGGGGAGGAAAAGAUAUCGUGCGGAAAGUGAUUGUCUUGAGUUCAUUUUUACCUGAAAAUAUAGACUCUGCCUUGAAAGAGACUCUUAUGGAUGCAGCAGAUAAAUGUGUUUCAGUCGAGUUCGUUUUGCUUGAGCAAAGAUCAAACCAUCUCAGUGAUAUAAGAGAUAAUAUAAACAGUUUUGCCAGAUGUAUUUCUGAUCUUGACAACUGCUCCUUUCAAUCCUACCUUCCAGAGGUCAAAGUAUUUCAUGGCCUGGUGAAACAGUGGCUACAAGAUCUAAGGGACGAUACGGAAGAGCCGUUGCAAGCUCGUUUUAUCUUUAAUAGUAACCUUGCUGGUUCUUUGAAGCAGAUAUCCUGCAACUUAUCUGCUUCUGUCAAUCAUAUAAUUGACGGAUUCAACCCUUGUAAGACAUGUAGGUGCCAUGGUGUUCCAUUGUGCAAUGCAGAAAAAAGUAGGAUUGAAGGGCCUUCCUGUGCAGUAACUUUCCAUGAUCUUGGAGCAAUUGAUGUGAUUGACAAUUCUGUGAAGGUUGGCGAAAACACAAUCCUGUUUAUGCCCUCUUUCCAGAGCUCUAUGAAACUCCAACAGGUUUCUUCACCUGUUGACUUCAAUAUAAUAGAGCGGACCAACCUGGGGUCUCUAAGUGAAGGAGUUAUAUUUGGGAAUCCCUAUUUUGUAACUCCAUCGGCUUCUCCCGAGAUAGAAGCUGCUUCAGAUGAAAUGGAUCAGUUAGAAUUGAAUUUUCAACUUUUCAAAGGGCUUUGCAGCGCUCUACAGUCAUUGGACCAAGGCUUGGUAUGCUCUUCAAAUUGCAAUAUAGAAAGUAUGAGGGAGGCAACAUUCCAUUGCUAUUACAUUCUUCAACCUUCAGAUAAUGGGCCAAUGCUUCUCAGGCGCCUUGCAGGAUCAGAGGAAGUCUUGCCCUUUUCUGAUGUCAAUCAAUUCAUUGAUCAUUCAGUGCCUAAAGAGAUUGAGAUUUCCAUUCAAUCCUCCUUAUUCAAGUUGGACUCAAGAGACUACAAUCCAGUCCUGUAUGAAAGAGGUUUCCAUCAAAAACUUAACUUGCUUGUAAAAGAGAGCUUACAAUUCGGGUAACCAUACUCACCAUCUGCUUCCGACUUUCCAAAUGCAAACCCAUUAAAAACAAUUUAAUGUACAUGCUUUUUUUCCCCAUGUUGUGAAGUCAAUAAAUCUUUUCUAACAACCUCAGAGUUGAAGAUGAGUACUUAUCAAGGCCUAUUAAUGGCUAAAGAUCUUUUCUGCAAACAUCUCAGAUCAUAAAGUUCAGAAAGAAUAGAGUCAUAUGUUGGUAUGGUUUUGUUAACAAGUAGAGGAAAAAGAGGUAGGAUUGUUGACAGACUCAGAUAAGUGGGAUUUUUUGUCCUUUUUUCUAAACUUAUUCGUAGAUUAGUGGAAUUUUUACUUCUUGUCAUCUGUAAGUAAUGAAUCCAGUCUAUAUCCAUUAAGUUGUGAAGUGAUAUCAAUUUAAAGAUAGUUGAUUGCCAUAUAUACAUAAGCAACUAUCACAUUAUUUAAAUUUUAGUUGAUCUCUAUUUUAGAGCAUUGUAUAAUUAUCUAGGAUUUCAUAAUAUAUUGCAAAAUGCUAUUUCUCAUAACCUGGCUGCAUUUUCAUCACCCCCAUUGUAGAUCAGCCUUCUGCCCGGGAUGCUACUUGAAAAACACGAAAGUAAUUUUUUGAGUAUGUUCGUAUUGCUGACUGCUGUUAUUGUUGGACUAUUCCAAUCGUUGCUUUAUUAUUACAUUUUAACUCCAUAAAAUGAACUGAUUCCUUCAUUCUCAUGAGUUUAAAACUCAGCGUUUUGGACUCAUCAUGUCAGCAUCGACGUGCAGACUGAAUGGUAAAUGUUGAAUGCCGUUUUGAUAUUUGCUUCCUUGAUGACAUGAAUAAUAUAUUCCAGGUCUGUACCUCCAAAUACGAAUGAGGCAACAUCUGAACUAUACA